CCCGCAAUGUCCGCGGUCGAAGAAUUCAAACUGCAACAAAUCGGGGCAGACUCGGAGCUGCCGAAGGGAGACACCCAGGACGUCAGCUCACAGAAGCUCCUUUCUUGAGUCCUGCGCCACUACCAGUAGAAAUCCAAGAUGGUGGCCUCCAUACGUGGAUGUCCGUCCUCGGAGAUUGAGUCGGCUUUGUUUCUAUCUGGGAGAGAGGGCUUGAUCGCACCAUGCUCAGCUUUACUGUGUUAUUUUGCAUAUUCGGAUGCUCGUACUCGUUUGGUGUCAAUCAGGCGUACUUUACACUCGCUGGAACGUCCAACUCGUCCCAAUGUCAGCUGGAUCGGCUCUCUGCAGGUAUGUCAUAGGAAAUUUCAUACUGCAGUUACAUUCAUAUAUCGUCCCAGUAUCAAACAGGUUGCGACAAGCUUGUAUUCGACUGUCUGCCCCGACACCAGCGACAGAGCCUGAAAGCAAAAGAACGAUAUGCCAUUUUCUCUGCGUGGAUAACGAAGAAGAGUCACAAGGUGAACAUGAUGAUCACUCGACAAGCCAUGAUGUCGGGACUCGCCCAAUCUGGGCAAUCCUUUUCUCACCCAAGUCACGAUCGACUAAGAUGGAUUUUUCGCUUAGUACCAUUGUCCGGACAAGUCUUUGUUGUCGCAUCGCGGCUUCAAGUUUGGAAGAGAAACUGAUAGAGGACUCCUUGAGAAAUCGUCGUGGUGAGUCCUGAGAUGCGGGCCACAUCAGGGGUCGAUGGACCGCUAAAUCGGCGCCAAGCGUCCGUAGUACGGCGUAAGCCUGCCUGCAAUUCUACA